GGAGGGGGGGGUGGUCGCUCUUUCUUUUUCUCUUAGAAGAGGUUUUAGCACAGGUUUCCUCGUUCUCACUUCCACCUCACCUCACCGCCUCCCGACCCCCCUUCUCCCCCUCCCCACCUAUCGUCAUGACGGCGUCUCCGGAUUACUUGGUGGUGCUUUUUGGAAUCACUGCUGGGGCCACCGGGGCCAAGCUGGGCUCGGAUGAGAAGGAGCUGAUCCUGCUCUUAUGGAAAGUCGUGGAUCUGGCCAACAAGAAGGUGGGACAGUUGCACGAAGUACUAGUUAGACCGGAUCAGUUGGAGCUGACGGAGGAUUGUAAAGAAGAAACUAAGAUCGACGCCGAGAGCCUGUCCUCGGCGCCGCAGCUGGACCAAGCCCUCCGACAGUUUAACCAGUCAGUGAGCAAUGAACUGAAUAUUGGGGUAGGAACCUCCUUCUGUCUCUGUACUGAUGGGCAGCUUCAUGUCAGGCAAAUCCUGCAUCCUGAGGCUUCCAAGAAGAAUGUAUCAUUGCCUGAAUGCUUCUAUUCCUUUUUUGAUCUUCGGAAAGAGUUUAAGAAGUGUUGCCCUGGUUCACCUGAUGUUGAUAAACUGGAUGUUGCAGCAAUGACAGAGUGUUUAAAUUUUGAGAAGAAUAGUUCAGCCUCCCGGUAUGGAGCCUGUCAAGUUGAAGAUAUGGGAAAUAUAAUUUUAGCAAUGAUUUCAGACCCUUAUAAUCACAGGUUUUCAGAUCCAGAAAGAGUAAAUUACAAAUUUGAAAGUGGCACUUGCAGCAAGAUGGAACUUAUUGAUGACAACACGGUAGUCAGGGCACGGGGUUUGCCAUGGCAGUCUUCGGAUCAAGAUAUUGCAAGAUUCUUCAAAGGACUCAAUAUUGCCAAGGGAGGUGCAGCACUUUGUCUGAAUGCCCAGGGUCGAAGGAACGGAGAAGCUCUGGUUAGGUUUGUGAGUGAGGAGCACAGAGACCUAGCACUCCAGAGGCACAAACAUCACAUGGGGACCCGGUACAUUGAGGUUUACAAAGCAACAGGUGAAGAUUUUCUUAAAAUUGCUGGUGGUACAUCCAAUGAGGUAGCCCAAUUUCUCUCCAAGGAAAACCAAGUCAUUGUCCGCAUGCGGGGGCUCCCAUUCACGGCCACAGCUGAUGAAGUGGUGGCCUUCUUUGGACAGCAUUGCCCCAUCACUGGGGGGAAGGAAGGCAUCCUCUUUGUUACGUACCCAGAUGGUAGGCCAACAGGGGAUGCUUUUGUCCUCUUUGCCUGUGAGGAAUAUGCACAGAAUGCAUUGAGGAAGCAUAAGGACUUGUUGGGUAAAAGAUACAUUGAACUCUUCAGGAGCACAGCAGCUGAAGUUCAGCAGGUGCUGAAUCGAUUCUCCUCGGCCCCUCUCAUUCCACUUCCAACCCCUCCCAUUAUUCCAGUACUACCUCAGCAAUUUGUGCCCCCUGCAAACAUUAGAGACUGUGUACGCCUUCGAGGUCUUCCCUAUGCAGCCACAAUUGAGGAUAUCCUGGACUUUCUGGGGGAAUUUUCCACCGAUAUUCGGACUCAUGGGGUCCACAUGGUAUUGAAUCACCAGUCUCCUUUUGUUUUUAUUCUUCCCCCACGUGCUCAGGGACGCCCAUCAGGAGAUGCCUUUAUCCAGAUGAAGUCUGCGGACAGAGCAUUUAUGGCUGCACAGAAGUGUCAUAAAAAAACCAUGAAGGACAGAUAUGUUGAAGUCUUUCAGUGUUCAGCUGAGGAGAUGAACUUUGUGUUAAUGGGGGGCACUUUAAAUCGAAAUGGCUUAUCCCCACCGCCAUGUAAGUUACCAUGCCUGUCUCCUCCCUCCUACACAUUUCCAGCUCCUGCAGCAGUUAUUCCUCCUGAAGCUGCCAUUUAUCAGCCCUCUGUGCUCUUGAAUCCACGAGCACUGCAGCCCUCCACAGCAUACUACCCAGCAGGCACCCAGCUCUUCAUGAACUAUACAGCGUACUAUCCCAGAAAAGAAUAUUCUCUUUUGCAUCAAAGCUGUAGCACAGCCCCCCAGGUUCGCCCAAUAGUCUUGGCUACUUCCCUACAGCUGCUAAUCUUAGCGGUGUCCCUCCACAGCCUGGCACGGUGGUCAGAAUGCAGGGCCUGGCCUACAAUACUGGAGUUAAGGAAAUUCUUAACUUCUUCCAAGGUUACCAGUAUGCAACCGAGGAUGGACUUGUACACACAAAUGACCAGGCCAGGACUCUAUCCAAAGAAUGGGUUUGUAUUUAAGGGCCCCAGCAGUUAGACCAUCCUCAGAAAAGAAGUGUUUGAAAGAUGUAUGGUGAUCCUGAAACCUUCAGACAUAAGACAACUUCUAGCAACUUCAGGAGAAGUUUGUCUACACUCAGGCUGCAGUAUUUUCAGCAAACAUGAUUGGACAGUGGGCCUGUGCCCUAUCUUUUGGUGGAGUGAAAAAUUUGAGCCAGUGAAGCCAAAUUCUUAUUGCAAGCAGCAUGCUUGGCUCCUUGCUGAUUGCAAAUAGGCAUUUAAAAUGCGAAUUUGAAAUCGGGUGUCUCCAUUACUACCAGCUAACGUGGCAUCAUAGGUGUUUCCUAAGUUUUAAGUCUUGGGGGAAAAAAAAACCACUCCACUAGUGUCUACUAUCUCCAUCAGGAACUCUGUUAUGGAAGCUUCAUUUUUGUGUGUUCCAACUCUUUUCUCCCCAUCUCCUGCAUAAUCACGUGCUCUUCCCAAGUAACUCAAGAAUAAGGUCCUGGAAUACUUAAGUCACAAACUUACAAAAAGAAAUAAAACUAAUAUUUUCCCAGUCUCUUGGCCAUCACAGUGUCUUACAGUCAAAAGCCACCAAAACUAUUUUUAAAACACCUUGGAAGAAGUGAGAAGAAAUGGCACACCCACCACAAAACAUACAUAGUUAAAAUGUUGGAUUUUUUUCUCAGUAGGUAUCAGUUGUAAAUAAGAAUGAACUAGGGGCCAAAAUGUAAAACCAAAAAUGAAGCAGCUACGUGUAGUUAGUAAUUUCUAGUUUGAAUUGUAAUUGAAUAUUAUGGCUUCAUAUGUAUUAUUUUAUAUUGUACCAUUCCCAUUAUUGAUGGUUUGGACUUUAAUAAGGAAUUCCAUAGUUUUUAAUAUCACAAAAAUGAGAUAUUUGAACAGUGUAUUCUAGAAAGCAAUAUACUAACUAAAGUGAAUGCUUGUAUAUAUUAAGAUAGCCUUAAAACUUUUUCUCUAAUGCCUUAACUGUCAAAUAAUUAAAACUUUUAAAAGCAUAGGGUUAUAGUCAGCAUGCUAGACUGAGAGGUAAACACUGAUGUGGUGAGAACAGGUACUAACGCUGUCAGUGUUUAGCACUAUGUGUUUAGCUGUGUUUAUGCUCCAAAAGUGCAAUAUUAGACACUAGCUAGAUAGUACUGCUGCCUUGUGUAACUCCAAAGAGGAAACAGGAUUUGAUUAACUGAGUGCACAUGUUUCUUUAAUUUACUCAUAUUGUCCUUAGCUUGGAUGCAAUGCCAUGCAGAUUUAUGUGGCUGCUAUUUUUAUUUACUUUGCAUUACUUUAACACCUUGAAUGGAGAGCCAAACAUUCCCUCUUCACUGACCAGCAAUGGCCCUUUAACUGCAGUAGGAGAAAUAAAAAGAAAAAAGAAAAACCAUUUUGUGUGAAAAUUGGUGAUAACUGGCACUUAAGAUCAGAAAAAUAGUUCUUUAUACUUGGCUACCUUAAGAUGCUGUCUGCCCAAAGCUCUGAAAGACUUUAAGAUAGGCAGUAAUACUACAAUACUACUGAGUUUUUGUAGAAUUGUUACAUUUGAUAAUAAAACUUGCCUGUUU